AUGGGAGAACCAGAAUCUGAGCUACCUCCGCUUCUGGAGGAGAACUUGAAGAACCAGGAAACUACCAUAACUAGGAAUCCGUCAAAAAACAAUUCCAUUGCAUCUUACACAGAUGAUGACGAUUUGCCCGACGAUAUUAGUCUCUCCUCCACGUCUGCUGACUACUAUACUUUACGCAGAACCGACUCCAGCUCGUCUGUUCCGUUCAUAGACUUGUCUCGGCUCACCUUCUUGCCCGAUUUUGACUUUGGGCGUGGUCUAGAGCUUGGAGAUUCCACCAAAAAACGGUUCAAUGAUAUGAAGUUGAAGACCCAAAAAACCUUCAAGAAAUUCAAGGACGACAGACGAAUUAUCGAUACCAACGCCGAUAUCUUGAAACUACAGGACACGUUGAAUGCUCGGUUGGCUAAAUUUGACCAGAGAGUCCAUCGAAAUCUUCAAUCUUCCGCUACUGAAAAGCUCUUCUAUGCCCUUGCGGUUUUCCUCAUUGCUGCCGCCGGGUUCGUCAUUGGCAAGUAUCCACAAUGGUUUCACGUUUUCUACACCGGACUUUUCUGUGUGCUUAUGCCUAUCCGCUUCUACACCUACUUUAAGAUGUCGUUUCUGUACUAUUUGGCAGACUUGUGCUACUAUGUCAACCUCUUAUUGGUGGCAUUCAUAUGGUGGUUCCCCAACUCCAUGACCCUUUUCAUCUCGGUGUUCUCGCUAGCAAUGGGAACCUUGUCAUUUGCUGUCAUCACAUGGAGAAACUCUCUUGUGUUACACCUGAUCGAAAAGACCACCAGUUCGUUCAUCCAUAUAAUGCCUCCUAUUGCUUUAUUCGUUAUUGUUCACGAAGUGCCCUUUGAAUACAGAGCAUUGAGAUUUCCAGGCGCAGCUGCUAUUGACCACUGGAACUUUAUUAACGGCAUUUUAUGGACUUCUUUCUACUAUACGGUAUGGCAGGUUUCAUACCAUUACUUCAUCACUAUCAGACGCCGAGAGAAAAUCGCCAAGGGUAAGGUCACCUCAUUCACUUAUCUCAAAAACAAGAAUUCUUCCACCAUUCUUGGUAGAUUUGUCAACUCGUUGCCAUACACUUGGAUGCAAGUCACCGCCUUUACCUUGAUCCAGUACUUUUACCAAAUUCUCACCAUGGCACCGGUGCCCAUCUGGUUCAAAUACAAGCAUGCCUGCGGAACAUUCAUGGCGUUUAUCUUUGUGAUGGCGUCGUACAAUGGUGCUACUUACUACAUCGACGUUUUCGGCAAACGGUUCGAAAAAGAAGUCAAGAAAUUGAAGAAGGAAGUGGAGGAUUUGCAGCUGAAGAAAGAUCAGGUUCAGCAAGCCACAGUACAAGCGGAGGCUACUGAGCAAGCUAAACAAGCCGUGGACCAGGCUACUGCCUCGGGCGUAGAAGUGGAACAUAUCAAGCCAUAG